AUGUUUUCCAAACAACAGCGAUACGAAGGAAUCAAGAGGAAUUAUAGCCAAGCAGAUGUAGAGAGGUUGAGAGGCUCGCUAAAAAUCGAGCACACGCUAGCGAGGCGAGGCUCGAUAAAACUUUGGAACUACUUGACUCGUGGAGGAAACUCUUACAUCAACGCUUUGGGAGCGCUUACCGGUAAGACUGAUUGCGAUAAACGAAUUCUGAUGCAGUAUCAGUAGUAAAUCUUAUUUUGACACAGGGUCCGAGUUUUCCACGUGAAAGACACUCUUUUCCCUAAUAUGGUGAAAGCUACUACAAGGCGCGCGAUUCGGUUGGGUUUUCCCGCGAAUCUCCAUAGCGUGCUCGAAAUUGACAAUUUAAAUGCCUUUGUUAAUUUCUGAUAUAUUUUUCGAAUUCAGCGGAUAAAAUUUGAGAAGAAAUGUAUUUUAAGUCUUUAAAGGCCACGUCAACCAAGCAAAAAUCGAAUGACGUGGAAAACUUCACGGUCAUGGAUUGAACUUUGGACCCAGAAAGCGAAAAGCCAAUUGUGACACCAAAAAUUUCAAUUUUUCCACUUGAUUUCUUUAACGCAAUAUAUAUCUCUUAUGUAAAAACUGAAACCUCCAUCCAAAGGUCACCUUUGCUCAAAAUUUUUAAUUUAAUUUUGUUAUGACACAGCAAAAACGCGCCAUAUGACAUAAGUGUGACUUGGCUUGUUUCUUGCUUGUACUUAAUUUUCACUAAAUAUAUUUUUUUCUGAAAUGUGGUAGUCUAGAUAGAUUUUUUUUGGGUAAUGUAUAAUCUUCGGACUUGUUUGAAACAGGAGAUAGAAAAAUUAAUAAAUAAAAGCAAAAAAAAGUAAAUGGGAAGAUGAUCCAUUUGUUUUAUUGACAUUUUUUCCCUGCUUAAUUUAUGAUUAAACAAAACUGUGAUUUCAGGCGGCCAGGCAGUGCAGAUGGCUAAAGCAGGUUUAAAAGCUAUCUACCUUAGUGGCUGGCAAGUUGCUGGUGAUAACAAUUUAGCUGCACAGACCUAUCCAGACCAGAGCUUGUACCCUGCUAAUUCAGCACCAAAACUGGUGGAACGCAUCAACAAUGCAUUCAUUAGGGCUGACCAGAUUUCGCAUAUGGAAGGAUCAGAGAGGCACAUUGACUACUUUCUCCCUAUUGUUGCUGAUUGCGAAGCUGGAUUUGGGGGACCACUGAAUGCAUUUGAAUUAACAAAGUCUAUGGUAAUGAGGAUUUCUUCACCACUUAAAUACACUCUUUUUUUUUAUAAGAAUGUUGUUUUUCCGUCCCAGGCUGAAUAUUCUUAUUUUUCAGCCGAUUUUAGGCUGAAAAUAUUCUUGUAUUAUUCUUAAACCAUAGCUUAUGACAUUUCCAUUUUAGAAUUUAUUGGGGUAUCAAUUACAAGUGUUUGUUAUCUAGAUCUGUAUCGCACAGAAAUAGCGUGAUGGAAACGAAAGUACCCGAUUUUGUUUCAACUAUGUCAAGGACAAUUGUUGGCUAGUUUUGCCGUUCAGAGAAAGGAAUAAUUUUAUACGGUUAAGUUAAAAACAUAAAAUUGUAUUGUAUUUACAGAUGUUUCAACACACAAAAUUAUAUCUAUCCUUUUCAAAAUCUCAGCCUCGGCUUUAUUCUUAAAAUAUUCGUAAAAUUUCGCAAAUUUCAGCCUCGAUAUUCUUAUAAAAUAUAUUCUUAUAAAAAAAAAAGAGUGUAUUCAUGUCACACUGAAAAUAUGUACCAAACGAUCUUGACAAUAAUAAAUUAUGAUUGUUUGUGACAAAAUACAUGAGGCCCUGGCUUUGUUCAAACGUUGGAUAGUGCUACCCACUAGAUAAGUAACCAUCCAGCAGAUAAGUAUUGGGAAAACCAAUACAUUAUCCACUAAAUUGAGAUUUAUACAGUUAAUAAUGUUAGUCCACAUCUUGAACAACUGGGCUGGCGUGAUGAGGUCCUCAUGGUGAACCAUAAGAGUCAGCAUUAUUAAUGUACCUGGGCAGUGAAAACGUUCAUCGUUUAGUGUGAAAUGAAGAUCUUUUUUGGGUUAUCUAGUCAUUAGGGUAGAUCCUGAAUAAUGUGCACUUACUAUUAUUAAAUAAUGGAUUGCAGCUUGGAUGUAAACAAAGACUUGCAAAGAUAAUAAAAAGCUACAGAGUAUGAUAAAAAAUAAUAUCAACUGCAACUUUAGAAACUUUGAAAGGAAAAUGAUCUCUCACAAUAUUAUGCAUCACAGAUUCAUCAAUAACACAGAGAAUGCAACUUUAGUGUUGUGUUGCUUUUCAAAUAGUAGACUUACUAUUUUAUUUUUUCACUGAGAAAUCAAUAGCAUAAGUAAAAGUUUCAAUUUAUACUGUAGCAAAAAAAGGUGAAACGUUUUCAAGUGAAGGUUACUGCUUUAGAGUGGUUAUCAUUAUUUAAUUGAUAAUAAUAUAAAAUAUCAUUUAAGGUUUGAUUUUGCUUGUUAAGGGGUUCACAAAAAUGUCUCAUGAAGUUUAUCUUGUCAACAGAUUGCGGCAGGAGCUUCAGCAGUGCACUUUGAAGACCAACUGGCAUCAGAAAAGAAGUGUGGUCACAUGGGUGGAAAGGUUCUCGUUCCUACUCAACAGUUCAUUAAGGUCUUAAAUGCUGCAAGACUUGCUGGCGAUGUUUUGGACAUUCCAAUUGUUAUUGUAGGACGCACAGAUGCCAACUCUGCUGCACUUGUGACAUCAGAUGUAGACCCUUAUGACAGACCAUUCCUGACAGGGGAGAGAACUCCUGAAGGGUUCUUCCGUGCCAAGGCAGGGCUAGACCAAGCCAUAGCUCGUGGUCUUGCCUAUGCACCGUACUGUGAUUUGCUGUGGUGUGAAACAAGCAAGCCAAACUUAGAAGAAGCUCGAAGAUUUGCGGAGGCCAUUCAUGCUCGCUACCCUGGUAAAUUAUUGGCUUACAACUGUUCUCCCUCAUUCAACUGGAAAGCUAAUCUAAGCGAUGCUGAGGUUGCUCUGUUUCAAAGAGAACUAGGCAAAAUGGGUUAUAAAUUCCAGUUUGUCACUCUAGCCGGCUUUCACUCACUAAACCAUGCCAUGUUCAAGCUUGCACGAGAUUACAGGGACAAUGGCAUGUCUGCCUACACGAAGAUCCAAGAAGAUGAGUUUGCGCAAGCCAAAAAUGGUUUCACUGCUCACAAACAUCAGAGAGAGGUGGGCACAGGCUAUUUUGACCGACUACUACAAGGCGCGCGAUUCGGUUGGGUUUUCCCGCGAAUCUCCAUAGCGUGCUCGAAAUUGACAAUUUAAAUGCCUUUGUUAAUUUCUGAUAUAUUUUUCGAAUUCAGCGGAUAAAAUUUGAGAAGAAAUGUAUUUUAAGUCUUUAAAGGCCACGUCAACCAAGCAAAAAUCGAAUGACGUGGAAAACUUCACGGUCAUGGAUUGAACUUUGGACCCAGAAAGCGAAAAGCCAAUUGUGACACCAAAAAUUUCAAUUUUUCCACUUGAUUUCUUUAACGCAAUAUAUAUCUCUUAUGUAAAAACUGAAACCUCCAUCCAAAGGUCACCUUUGCUCAAAAUUUUUAAUUUAAUUUUGUUAUGACACAGCAAAAACGCGCCAUAUGACAUAAGUGUGACUUGGCUUGUUUCUUGCUUGUACUUAAUUUUCACUAAAUAUAUUUUUUUCUGAAAUGUGGUAGUCUAGAUAGAUUUUUUUUGGGUAAUGUAUAAUCUUCGGACUUGUUUGAAACAGGAGAUAGAAAAAUUAAUAAAUAAAAGCAAAAAAAAGUAAAUGGGAAGAUGAUCCAUUUGUUUUAUUGACAUUUUUUCCCUGCUUAAUUUAUGAUUAAACAAAACUGUGAUUUCAGGCGGCCAGGCAGUGCAGAUGGCUAAAGCAGGUUUAAAAGCUAUCUACCUUAGUGGCUGGCAAGUUGCUGGUGAUAACAAUUUAGCUGCACAGACCUAUCCAGACCAGAGCUUGUACCCUGCUAAUUCAGCACCAAAACUGGUGGAACGCAUCAACAAUGCAUUCAUUAGGGCUGACCAGAUUUCGCAUAUGGAAGGAUCAGAGAGGCACAUUGACUACUUUCUCCCUAUUGUUGCUGAUUGCGAAGCUGGAUUUGGGGGACCACUGAAUGCAUUUGAAUUAACAAAGUCUAUGGUAAUGAGGAUUUCUUCACCACUUAAAUACACUCUUUUUUUUUAUAAGAAUGUUGUUUUUCCGUCCCAGGCUGAAUAUUCUUAUUUUUCAGCCGAUUUUAGGCUGAAAAUAUUCUUGUAUUAUUCUUAAACCAUAGCUUAUGACAUUUCCAUUUUAGAAUUUAUUGGGGUAUCAAUUACAAGUGUUUGUUAUCUAGAUCUGUAUCGCACAGAAAUAGCGUGAUGGAAACGAAAGUACCCGAUUUUGUUUCAACUAUGUCAAGGACAAUUGUUGGCUAGUUUUGCCGUUCAGAGAAAGGAAUAAUUUUAUACGGUUAAGUUAAAAACAUAAAAUUGUAUUGUAUUUACAGAUGUUUCAACACACAAAAUUAUAUCUAUCCUUUUCAAAAUCUCAGCCUCGGCUUUAUUCUUAAAAUAUUCGUAAAAUUUCGCAAAUUUCAGCCUCGAUAUUCUUAUAAAAUAUAUUCUUAUAAAAAAAAAAGAGUGUAUUCAUGUCACACUGAAAAUAUGUACCAAACGAUCUUGACAAUAAUAAAUUAUGAUUGUUUGUGACAAAAUACAUGAGGCCCUGGCUUUGUUCAAACGUUGGAUAGUGCUACCCACUAGAUAAGUAACCAUCCAGCAGAUAAGUAUUGGGAAAACCAAUACAUUAUCCACUAAAUUGAGAUUUAUACAGUUAAUAAUGUUAGUCCACAUCUUGAACAACUGGGCUGGCGUGAUGAGGUCCUCAUGGUGAACCAUAAGAGUCAGCAUUAUUAAUGUACCUGGGCAGUGAAAACGUUCAUCGUUUAGUGUGAAAUGAAGAUCUUUUUUGGGUUAUCUAGUCAUUAGGGUAGAUCCUGAAUAAUGUGCACUUACUAUUAUUAAAUAAUGGAUUGCAGCUUGGAUGUAAACAAAGACUUGCAAAGAUAAUAAAAAGCUACAGAGUAUGAUAAAAAAUAAUAUCAACUGCAACUUUAGAAACUUUGAAAGGAAAAUGAUCUCUCACAAUAUUAUGCAUCACAGAUUCAUCAAUAACACAGAGAAUGCAACUUUAGUGUUGUGUUGCUUUUCAAAUAGUAGACUUACUAUUUUAUUUUUUCACUGAGAAAUCAAUAGCAUAAGUAAAAGUUUCAAUUUAUACUGUAGCAAAAAAAGGUGAAACGUUUUCAAGUGAAGGUUACUGCUUUAGAGUGGUUAUCAUUAUUUAAUUGAUAAUAAUAUAAAAUAUCAUUUAAGGUUUGAUUUUGCUUGUUAAGGGGUUCACAAAAAUGUCUCAUGAAGUUUAUCUUGUCAACAGAUUGCGGCAGGAGCUUCAGCAGUGCACUUUGAAGACCAACUGGCAUCAGAAAAGAAGUGUGGUCACAUGGGUGGAAAGGUUCUCGUUCCUACUCAACAGUUCAUUAAGGUCUUAAAUGCUGCAAGACUUGCUGGCGAUGUUUUGGACAUUCCAAUUGUUAUUGUAGGACGCACAGAUGCCAACUCUGCUGCACUUGUGACAUCAGAUGUAGACCCUUAUGACAGACCAUUCCUGACAGGGGAGAGAACUCCUGAAGGGUUCUUCCGUGCCAAGGCAGGGCUAGACCAAGCCAUAGCUCGUGGUCUUGCCUAUGCACCGUACUGUGAUUUGCUGUGGUGUGAAACAAGCAAGCCAAACUUAGAAGAAGCUCGAAGAUUUGCGGAGGCCAUUCAUGCUCGCUACCCUGGUAAAUUAUUGGCUUACAACUGUUCUCCCUCAUUCAACUGGAAAGCUAAUCUAAGCGAUGCUGAGGUUGCUCUGUUUCAAAGAGAACUAGGCAAAAUGGGUUAUAAAUUCCAGUUUGUCACUCUAGCCGGCUUUCACUCACUAAACCAUGCCAUGUUCAAGCUUGCACGAGAUUACAGGGACAAUGGCAUGUCUGCCUACACGAAGAUCCAAGAAGAUGAGUUUGCGCAAGCCAAAAAUGGUUUCACUGCUCACAAACAUCAGAGAGAGGUGGGCACAGGCUAUUUUGACCGGGUUUCCUUGGCAAUCAGUGGUGGAACAAGCUCGACUACAGCACUGAAGGGGUCCACAGAAGAAGAGCAGUUUACACAAAAAACAUCUUACGCAAUUUCCAAACUGUAAUAUAUUUAACUACAUGGGGCACACAAGUAUCUGUUGUUGCUAUCUUCCUUUUGACUUUUUUAGAACAUUUUUCUUGUGAUGUUCACUUCACAACCUUUGUAAUGGAGAUAGUCUCCCUGAAUAUUGCCUUUGUGUCCACAAACUUCCACUUGCUGGAUGGUGACGUUUGUUUCUCAAUGUCUAGGCAAUCAGAUUUUACUUACUAAAAUGCUGAAAUAUGUGGAAAGGACGGUUUACUUCCUUAAAAAUGUAUUUGUGGAGGGGGCUUCAAGUCACUGUGUUCUGAAUGAGGCAUUCAUUUAAUUUUGAUGUUCCUAUUUUUCUCCGUGAUAGAAAAGUAUCUUUAACACAGACUUUUCUAAUAUUAUUGCAAAUAGUUUUUUUCUCUGAAAUCAGUGUCAGAGUUUUACUUUUAAUUUCUGUAGAAAACCACAGCCACUAAAACAAGUCAUUAAAAACAAGGACUAAUACAGUUGUUAUUUUUAUUAUUAUUUUUGAUGAUUUGUCUAACGCAGACAAGAGCAAAACAAACGUUUUUUGGUGAUUAUUAGUUCAGCUAACUCAGCUUUUCUAUAUUUACCUCAAUUUUUUGGAUCAUUAUACAUUUCCUGGAAACUGCCCACCUACCCCUCCCCUAAGCCAACAUUUUGCCCUAAGUGAGAACUAAGUGUUAAUGUCACUUAAGGGAGGGGUAGGUGGACACUUUCCGAGAAACAUGUAAUGCUCUGUUAAGUUAUCGUUAAGCUGAAACCAUGACAAAAGAAAAUUUAUUUUAACCUGCUGUCAUAAUUUUUGAUUGUAUCUCUAACAUACGGGUAAAAACAAGUUUCUAGCUUUAGUGUUUAUAAUUUAAAAUACCUAAAAUCACAACUGUACUGAAUUUGUGAAUUUAUUUAAUAGUAAGCUGAGGAAAUUUAUCAUAGCACAUGAUUUCAAAGAUGCAUGCGAAAAGAAACUAACUGCUGCAGAGUGGGAUGAAAGUGCUACUGGAAAACCCUGGCCUAGUGUGUGUGUUUUUGGAUUGCAAGUUGCCUUAUAACUAAUAAAAUAAUAUAAUUUACAUUAUUAACAACGAAAUCAUUGGAUAAUGCAAUAUUAGAGCUCUGGCUUAGCCAUCAAGGUAUAUUUAACAAUAUUCCUUGAGCCCGAAUGGGCUCUGAGUCAAUAGCCCAUGAGGCAAAAGGCCAAAUGGGCUAUUGACUCAGAGGCCACGAGGGCGAGAGGAAUAAUACUGUUUUAGUAAAAUCCAACUAGCUGGUGAAAAAUAUAGUUAUAUUUUAAUCUCACUCUGCUGCUGGUCAAUGCCUUUUUGCAUGCAGUUACCCAUUAAUUUAUUAAAAUUUAUAACAGGAUAACAUACUUUGUUGACAAAGAAAACAGAAGUGCUUGAUAUAAUAGCAAAAAACAGGACUUCAUUAAAGUUGACCUGUCAUUAAAAUAGGAAUAUACUUUUUUGUAGAAAAUUAUAUUAGGUUGGCUAGAGUAUAAAAGAUUAUUUUUUGCACUCGCAGUUAAGUAGAUAAGGUGAUUCUGUAGCCCUAUUUUGCUAUUUCAGGAAUUGUUUAGAAAGCUUAAUAAAAACGAUCUUUCAAAGUUGUGGUAUUUGAAUUUGCGUACAUGUAUUCAGGCUGUCCAGACAUGACACCACUGACUAGCUUAUGAAAGACAAAAAGCAAAAGAACAUUAUAACCCUUACUCUAGCAAACUUAAUAUGUUUUCCAUUCUGUUUUCUGUAAAUUAAUUUCUUAUAAUGAUUUAUGCUGGGAAUAUAUGUCUUUGGAAAGAAAUUUUUUUCUUGAGGUGUUUUUUUAAGCAGAGGGUGUCAACACGGUAAACCGCAACUAAAAUAUAGUUUCACAUAUAAGUAACACAAACGACCAAAUUCUAAAAACUUAUCAAGACUUAUUUGGUAACACAAGAAAAUCAUUUUUCUCAAAAAGUGCUAAAUGUUUGGCUUCUAUCAUCUGUAUAUGGUGUGCCAAAAAAAGUAGCAUCCAUUUAAACAACAGUUAUGACAGCAAAAAGAUAUUGUUUUGCACUGGACAGUUAAAACCGCCUACACUGUUUAAGUACAGUGG